AGAGAGUGUGUCACUGUGUCUAAGUGACAGGCAACGGGUGUGACAAACUGUGAGCUUGUGUGUCACCGGGUGUGUGGGUGCGCGUGUACUUAUGCAUGACAGUGACUGUCUGUAUGUGGGGAAGAGAACUGUGUCUAUGUGUGUGACUGUCUCUGCAGGUAUAACCAUGUGUUCUUGUGUGUGGGUUUGCGAGAGGCUGAGGAUCGACAGUGUAUGUGGGAUAGUGUAUGUAUGUGUGUGUGACUGUGUGUGACCUCCGCCGUCUCUGCGGAUACAACUGCAUUUGAGUUUGUGUGACAGCGUGACCAUGGCCUUGUGUGAUACUCAAUGUGUGUGUGUGAUUGUGUGACUACAUCUUCUUGCUAAUACAUCUGUGUAUAUGUAUGAGAUUAUUGGUGUAAUUGUGGCACUGUGUCUACGUAUGUGAUUGGUUGAGAAUUUGUAAUUGAAUGUGAGAUCAUGAGCUUGAUUGUACGGGACCUAGUGGGCGAUUGGGAGGCACAGAAAGAGUAAAAUGACUUGUCCAAGUUCUCAUAGUUAAUAAGUGACAGAACCAGGACUCAAACUCAAGCAGUUUAGCUUGAGGCUUCUGGCUUUUAAUUACUAAAUUCCCUUAAUAUUUCCCACGCUGUGGGAGUGGAAAAUGGGAGCCCUGGGUUCUGAGGGUGUAGGAGAGGAUGAUCUCUGGUCCUGGACUAGGAUCCUUUGGAAUGUGGCAAGUUAGUCUGGGCCUCUUCCUUCAGUCCCCUUAUGAUUCACAGGACCUGUUCUAAAGACAGUGUAGUGAGACCUAAAAUUGGUUGCUUCUGCGGAGGAAAGCCCAACCUGAAAGCCUAGUCUUCCCUUAAGCCAGACUUUCUUCUUCUUCAAAAGAGAAAACUAAAUAAGGAGGCAGGAAUGGCUGUUGGACUUUGUAAAGCCAUGUUCCAGGGAUUGGUGACAUUCAGAGAUGUGGCCCUGGACUUUUCCCAAGAAGAGUGGGAAUGGCUGAACACAUCACAGAAAGAUUUGUACAAAGAGGUCAUGUUGGAGAACUACAGGAACUUGGUAUGGCUUGGAAUCUCCAUAUCUAAGCCCAAUAUGAUAUCCUUACUGGAGCAAGGAAAAGAACCUUGGAUUGUGGAGAGGAAGCUGUCACGUGGUCACCGUGCAGACUGGGAGCCAUGGUGUGAAAUCAAGGAAUUAUCUCCAAAAUGCUUCAUUGAUGAUGAAGAAAUAUCCCAAGGGAUGGUAAUGGAAAGACCUAUAAGAAAUGACCUUGAAUGUUCCAGUUUCAGAGAAACCUGGAAAUGUGAGGGUGAAUUUGACCAUCAGGGAGAUCAGGAGAGACAUUUCAGGCAAGUGACAACUCUUAAGGAUAUCUCUACUGGGAAAAGAUAUAAUGAGUAUAAAAAUUCCGAGGGAAGCAUUUCCUUAAAGCCAUUAUUUUUAACACAACAGAGAUUACCCACAGUACAGCAAAUACAUAAAUUUGAUAUUUAUGAUAGAAUUUUCCCCCCAAAUUCACUCAUAAUUGACUGUAAAAGACUUCAUUCUGAGAAGGAACCUUUGGUAGGUAAUGAAUGUGAAGAAUUCAGCCAGAAUACACACUUUUGUAGGGCUAUAGGAAUUCCUUCUGGUGAGAAACCUUAUGGAGGGAAUACUUUUUCAAAUCUCUUGGGUUUCCAUUCAUGGCUUUCUCAACAUCACACUUCUCAUUUUGGAAAAUUAUCCCACGAAUAUGAUGAAUGUGGUGCUGCUUUCAGCUGUUACUCAUUGUUUACACAACCUCGGAGAAUUCACAGAGGAGAGAAAGCAUAUGCAUGCAAUGACUGUGGGAAGGCCUUUAGCCGUGACUUCUUCCUUAGUGCACGUCAGAGGAUUCGUCUUGGAGAGAAACCUUAUGAAUGUAAGGAAUGCAACAAAGCCUUCAGGCAGAGUGCACACCUUGCUCAACAUCAGCGAAUCCACACUGGAGAGAAGCCCUUUGCGUGCAAUGAAUGUGGGAAGGCGUUUAGUCGUUACGCCUUCCUCGUUGAACAUCAGAGGAUUCACACAGGAGAGAAACCAUAUGAAUGUAAGGAGUGCAACAAAGCCUUCAGACAGAGUGCACACCUCAGUCAGCAUCAGAGGAUUCACACUGGAGAGAAGCCCUACGAAUGCGAGCAAUGUGGAAAGGCCUUCAGCAGACGCAUAGCCCUGACUCUGCAUCAAAGAACUCACACUGGAGAGAAACCCUUCCAAUGCAGCGAAUGCGGAAAGACUUUCGGCUAUCGCUCACACCUUAACCAGCAUCAGAGAAUCCACACCGGAGAGAAGCCCUACGAGUGCAUUAAAUGUGGGAAGUUCUUUAGAACUGACUCCCAGCUUAAUCGACAUCAUCGAAUUCAUACUGGAGAGAAGCCAUUCGAAUGCAGUAAAUGUGGGAAAGCCUUCAGUGACGCCUUGGUUCUAAUUCACCACCGGAGAAGUCACGCAGGAGAGAAACCCUAUGAAUGUAGCAAAUGUGGCAAAGCCUUCAGCUGUGGCUCAUACCUCACUCAGCAUCAGAGAAUUCACACCGGAGAGAAACCCUAUGCGUGUGAUGAAUGUGGGAAAGCCUUCCACCAAAUCUUGUCCCUUAGGCUACACCAGAGAAUUCAUGCUGGAGAAAAACUCUAUACAUGUAAUGCAUGUGGGAAUAAUUUUAGUUGUGCCUCCGCUCUUAGAAGACAUCAGAGAAGUCAUAACAGAGAAACUCUCUGAUUAUAAUAGGUGUAGGAAAGAAAACAUGUAAGCAUCCCUCCGUUUUUAUUUAAUAUCAGUGAAUUAUUUUUGGUUAGUAAUUCUGUGAAUGUAGUACAUAUAGAAAAGCCUUCAGUUCAUAAGCAUCCAUUAUUUGGAAUACCCUGAGUGGGGGACAUCUGCUCUUUUCCCCUAUCUACACCAUCUGCAGUGCAUACAAUUCCAAUGGAACUUAAUCAGGGAAAGCAGUGGAUUGGUCAGACUGGCCAGUUAUUUCCCCCAACCUGGUGACUGAGAAGAGAUUGGCAAAUUAGCCCUUCUAGACCCAUAAAGCCCUUUGGGAGUACUGCUGUGGGUAGUAAGAGAGUUGUUUCCUAGAAUUGGAGGUUUUGAGGGUUCAGUAAAUCCAGUUGGCUUUUGCCACACCUUCCUAAAGAGAAAUUCAACUCGGAGGAAAAUGGACUUGAAAGACAGAAAUCUGAUAACAUUGAUCUUCCAGACCCAGUCAUGCUUAAUAUGUAUACCAUUCUUUACUUCCGCAUCUUUGUGAGCCAAUAAAUUUAUUUUUAUUUUGUGUAAUUUAAUUUAAAUUAGGUUUUUGCCUCUUGGAAUUAAAGUACCAACUCACCCUAUGUUUACUAUACCUGUAUGAUGGCCUUAAUCUUUUAUAUGACAUAUUUGGUUAUGCUGAGGAUAAACCUUAUAAUAAACAUAUGAAAGGUGAAUAUACAGCCUUCAUAAAACUGGGAGAAUUAUUAUAUUUUACUUGUUGAUAGAAAUUAAUGUUUAUUAAUCUAUUUCACAACAAGGAUAAAUAUUUUUUAAUUUAUCCAGUAAAAUUCCUUGAUAGGCUUUUCAUUAAGGAGUUGAAGUUGUUUUUCCAUGGCCUGUAAAGAGCGAAUGGAAAGCUAAGAGGAUAAUGAAUCCAUCAGUUUAAUGAGUGGUUCUUCAUCUUAAAGGGAUUAUUUGAUUUUCUUCUUUAAAUAUUGGCUUAAACAUACUGUGUAGGAGUACAUAAUAAGACAGGAUUAUAAAUGGGGUCUUUUGUGAAUUGGCUAGAAACAUAGUUAUGAAGUGUAUGGAUAAGUUCCUUGUAUUAGAGAUACCAGACAGACAUUGGUGGCAAACAGAAAGAAUGAGCCAUUUUCAAUAAAUGGUAAACAGUUGAUGACUGAAUGUUUUAGAUAAUACAUUAUUACCAUUAUUCACAGUAAUGGGGAAUGGGAGGGUGUGGAGCAAUAUAUUUCUAUGAGUGUUUUAUCUGAAUGGGUGUUGAGAGGUACACCUUGUUGAUAUGCAAACUUAGCCAUCUUAAACAGAAUCUUUGGCAUUGUCUGAGAGCAUUUAUGAAAGCAGAUCAGAGCAAAUAAAGAAUGAAGGAUUUAUAUCUAUGCAUAAAGCAAAAUAAUGAUUAAUUUCAUAACUUAUUAGUAAAUUUCUAUUUAGACCUAAUAAAGGUCUAAAAUUAUUUUUCUUAAAUAUUGACAGAUUCCUUUUAAACAAACUAAACUAUGACCGAUACUUCAAACUAUGAGUAAAAACUAAUGUAAUUAUUAUAAAACAUUACCAAACUUAUUUAGAUCUAAUAUAAUCUAAUAUAACAUGUUAAUAUCCAAAGCUUAAUUCAUGUCAUCAUUGUCUUAUUUCUCUGAGGUAUUGGAAUGCUUGUUCUAAUAAUUUCUGAGUAUUGAGUAAUAAUUUAUUUUGUUUUAAUUACCAAACUUUGCAAAUAUAUUUUAUUAAGAUUACAUACUUACCAGGCCUACAGGAAGAAUAAUAACUCAGACCAGUAAACAGUUUGAGUUAUUCAGUAAUUGAUUUUGAUCUAGAUAUUGUGUCUGAUUUCUUCCUCCAUGAUGACAUAAACCAAGACAACUGGUUGAUUCUCUGUAUUACCAAUCAAGCCUUUUUUUAACCCAUGUCUUUAGCAUAAGUAUAUUUUGCGGUCAUAUGUUUUUCCUCACAAUGAGGUACUAAAUUCUGUUUAUCUGAGACUAUAUAGCCUGUUGUCUUUUAGUGACACAUCAACCUGAUCUUGUAGCAUUAUUGAAAAUUAAUGCUUUUUUAGUAUCUGAUUGUUGUUGGGACCAUUUAGAGAUCUGUGUUUCUGUGUGUAUGUGUGUACAUGCAUCCAAAGAGGUGUAUUUAAUUUAAAAUUUUUGUAUUAUGUACCUCCUGUGUGCCAGACUUUGCCAGUGGAGACACAAACAAAAUAGACUAAACCAGAAAAAAAAAUCACUGCCUUCAUAGAGCUAAUUUCUAAUGAAGAAGACAGACUAUCAAAAAUAUGUAAAUAAGAUACAACAUGUAGGAGAGUAAAUUUUGAAGCAAAAAAAAAAAAAAAAAAAAACGUGAAGGAAGGGAUGGAGGAGCCAUGGAAGGCGUCUUUUGAAAUUGACAUUUGAGUAAAGGCCUGAGAGAGCUACGAUUAUCUAUACAUUGAUACUUCAUAUACACACUCACACAUUAAGGCAGGUUUUAUGCUUUUUGCAUCUACUGGAAAGGAAAUCUAUGUGUAUGUAUACAUCCAUAUACAUCCGAUGGAGGUCAUUUUAAGCAAACUCCUGUUUCCUUCAGCACUGCUCUGACACCUUUGCAAGUAUCCUAACUUUCUGGCAAUAAUAAAAUAUUUCAUUCUCA